GGGAAAUAACGUAAAUCCCCUCCACAAUCCCUCGAUCCACCGCCAAAUCUCAUCCUCCGAUCGCCGCCUCCGUCGCCUGAAUCGCUGCUCUCCAGAACUCUUCCAAGAGGGGAAUCCAGAAAUUCGAGGAAUAUAUGGAAACCUCCAGCACAUCCGACGCGGACCCCAAAACUCCGGCGCCGAAGCUUAUCAGCUCUACCUACCGCCGGCCGUCGUCGUCGCGCACAAUCUACGGCGACCGCUUCAUCCCCAGCCGGUCUUCGUCUAAUUUUGAUCUGUUCAAUCUCCCUAGCUCUAAUGCUAAUGCGUCCCCCGACGAGUCGCAUUCCGCCUACACUUAUCUGUUGAAGUCCGCUCUUUUCGGACCGGAAUGCGUCGGCGGCAUCAACGGAUUUCAGCCGUCGACGCCGGAGAAAUCUGCUUACGGUGGGCGAUUUGGGAGCAGAAGCAGCGAUGGUAAUUUUUUGCAGAUUAGUCCUCCUAAUUGCAACAUUUUCAAGUACAAGACGGAAACUCGAAAGUCCUUGCAUUCUCUGUUGCCCUUUGAGUUCGAUGAUCAGCUUCCUGGGGGGGUGUCUCAUAGUCCUGUCAAGGCUCCUAGAAAAGUGCCUAGGUCACCAUACAAGGUUCUGGAUGCUCCUGCUUUGCAAGAUGAUUUUUACCUUAACCUUGUGGAUUGGUCUUCACCUAAUGUGCUGGCUGUGGGGUUGGGAAAUUGUGUCUAUUUGUGGCACGCAUCUAGCAGCAAGGUGGUUAAGUUGUGCGAUUUGGGGAUAGAUGACAGUGUUUGCUCGGUUGGGUGGGCGCAGCGUGGCACGCAGCUUGCUGUUGGAACUAGCAAUGGAAAGCUCCAAUUAUGGGAUGCCUCUCAGUGCAAAAGGAUUAGAACUAUGGAGGGACAUCGGCUCCGAGUUGGAGCCAUUGCCUGGAGCUCAUCUAUGUUAUCUUCCGGAAGCAGGGACAAGAGCAUCCUACAGCGCGAUAUCCGAGCACAGGGAGACUAUGUUAGCAAGUUAAAUGGACAUAAAUCAGAGGUUUGUGGAUUGAAGUGGUCUUACGACAACCGAGAAUUAGCAUCUGGUGGAAAUGACAAUCGACUUUUCGUGUGGAACCAACAUUCGACCCAACCUCUUCUGAAAUAUUGUGAACAUACUGCUGCCGUAAAAGCUAUUGCGUGGUCGCCGCAUCUUCACGGGCUCCUUGCCUCCGGAGGCGGCACUGCUGACCGAUGCAUUCGUUUUUGGAACACCACCACCAAUUCACACCUCAACUGUGUGGAUACUGGAAGCCAAGUAUGCAAUCUUGUGUGGUCUAAGAACGUCAACGAGCUUGUGAGCACCCAUGGAUACUCUCAAAACCAAAUUAUAGUGUGGAGAUAUCCUACAAUGUCAAAGCUGGCGACCUUAACGGGCCAUACGUACAGGGUCUUGUACCUUGCCAUUUCACCAGAUGGACAGACAAUUGUCACCGGGGCUGGGGACGAAACACUGAGGUUCUGGAACGUUUUCCCUUCACCCAAAUCUCAGAACACACAGAGUGAAAUUGGAGCCUCAUCACUUGGAAGAAGUCAAAUUCGAUGAUUCCAUCCAUGAGGCAUCGCAUCACAAGACAUCACUUCUACGGUAUGGUAUGUAAUAGCAUUAUUUAUUGAUUUUCAAUCUCUGGUGGAGAAAGAGGAGAUGAGGUUGAGGUGGUCCAAGAACAGGAAACACGACGAAUGGGUAGUUAAUAUAUAUCUAUCUUUGAGAAGUCAACAUAAUUGGUUGAUUGAUCACACAAUUAGAUAACGACUUUUGUGAAUGUAUAUAUCUCCCUCCUUCUCCUUGUUCUUGAUUUGUUAGUUUAGAGUGAGAGAGAGAAGUCUUGUGUUGUUGAGGAACUUCUUGUUCGAUUUCGAUGUAGAUAGUGAGAAAUGCUAUGUUUGUUGGUA